GCAAACGGCGCUGCGAGCGAGUGAGUAAUCCGCGAGCCAGGCGGCGGGAGCACAUGGUGGCAGCAGCGGCGAAAGGACGCGCGGGCGCCGGGUCCGGGUAGCGAGUCUGUCCGUCUCUCUCGUCCCCGCGCUCCUCCUGCUCCUCGACCCGGCUUGGCUGCCUGGGACGCCGGGCUCCCAACUGCCCUCGGAAGGCGUCUGAUGAAUUCUCCCGAGAGAGAGACACCCGGCGCCCCGGCUGCGCCUCUCUGCUCCCGGCGCGCCGCUGAAAAGAAAAAGACGCGCAGCGGACACUUGAGUCGCCACCGCUGCUAACGGCAGACGGACUUUCCGAAGCCACGGAAGGGCUCUGGGGGGCGUCGAAGCUUUUUGAAUCGGGGAUCGGCUUUGAACUUGGCAAAGCGUUUGGAGGAGAUACAGUUCGGAUUAUUAUUAUUUUUGUGUAUAUAUAUAUUGGAGAGGAGGGGAUUCAUUUCAUGUUGACAUAUUGCAUAUGCAUACGUAGGUGAAGACUUGCAUCGGAGUGACAAGUGAGGUGGGCGGGGACUGGCCGAACUAGAAGAGAGGGAUGGAAAGUCCCACUGAGGCAGAAGGCAAAGACCAGUUUGCAAGCUGAACUUUGAAAAGCGCGAGACCUGGCAAGAAAAGAAAGCCAGCCUAACAGACAACUGAGAACGCUUUUAUGCAAGAAAAGGCAUCUUUUGCUGGCUAGCCAAAUUGCACUCGGCUUCUAAGAGCUCUUUUUGCUAUUACUGGCCACCUUUUUUCUAAUCUCCCUACUUUAUGAAUUUCUCCGAAAAAGCCUGCCGCCUUUCCACCAUCUGCUCUCCUAGCUCUGCCUUUGAAAUGCAGGAUUCUUCAGUUCUCUCCGAUUUGAAUUUCCAUCCUCUUCCGGCUGAAAUCUGGGACUCUUGACUUUUGCUGCCGUUUUGUUCUUCUUUGACCCAGUUGGCUCCUUGCGAUUGUCCCAGCCUCACCAUGUCUUUCAACCCCACCAUGCUGCCUUCUGCCAACGGCUCCUCCAAUGGGACCGGAGGAGCACCUGAGGGCAGCAAACCCUUGACCAUCCCCGCUGUCAUGUUCAUCUUUGGGGUGGUGGGGAACCUCAUUGCCAUUGUGGUGCUCUGCAAGUCCAGGAAGGAGCAGAAAGAGACCACCUUCUACACGUUGGUGUGCGGCUUGGCCGUCACGGACCUCCUGGGCACCUGCCUGGUGAGCCCGGUCACAAUCGCCACAUACCUGAAGAACGAGUGGCCGGGUGGCCAACCGCUUUGCGAAUACAGCACCUUCAUCCUCCUCUUCUUUGGACUGUCUGGACUCAGCAUCAUCUGCGCAAUGUCCAUUGAGAGGUACCUAGCCAUCAACCACGCGUACUUCUACAGCCAUUAUGUGGAUAAGAAGCUGGCAGCGCUCACGCUCUUUGCCAUCUAUGUUUCCAACGUCCUCUUCUGUGCCUUGCCGAGCAUGGGCUUGGGCAGCACAAAGCUGCAGUACCCCCAGACUUGGUGCUUCAUAGACUGGCGGACCAACGUCUCCACGCAUGCCGCCUAUUCUUACAUGUAUGCCGGCUUCAGUUCCUUCUUGAUCAUGGUCACCGUGGUUUCCAAUGUCUUGGUGUGCAUGGCCCUGAUCCGCAUGCACCGACAGUUCAUGCGGCGCACCUCCCUGGGGACAGACAAUACCGCCAGCCGAUUGUCGGACUUCCGCCGGCGCAGGAGCUUCCGGCGCAUGGCCGGCGCAGAGAUCCAAAUGGUCAUCUUGCUCAUUGCCACCUCCUUGGUUGUGCUGAUCUGCUCCAUUCCUCUCGUGGUGAGUAACGUUGGCUUAGCCUUUUCUUUCCAGUUUCGUCAUUGCAGCUACAGAUUCCCCACAGCAGAAAAAGCCAAAGGCUGCUUCUGUGGUUGGAAAGGGAGGUUCCUAACGGCGAUAUUUCCAUGCAGGUGAUCUAAAAUGUUCUCUCAACGCCCCCCCCCCCACUGCCAUCCACAAGGGAAAAGAAGGAAGCGACUCUGUCCCAGCCUUCUUCUUUGACACUGUUUAUUCCUAGGCGGGGUAGAAGAAGGCUGUGGCCAUUUUCAUAAAGAAACUAAGAAGCACCUUUGAACUUGCUCUUUGUGUCACAUGUUAAUGUUUUGUCACCUGCUCACGUGGGACAGGAUGCAGAAGAGACAUUAAAUGCACAUUGUGGGCCAGUCCAAAUGUGAAAUACACAUUGCACUCAAAGUUAAGUGGUGGGUGUGUCUGUGGGUGUAUGGGAGAAACUAAUUGAAGCCCAGUUUCUGAAAAGUCCCUUUGUGCCCCAUGAAUUGUCAAUAGCUCCCCAAAUAUAAAAGCAGCCCUGCACAUGGAGUAGUUAUAUAAUACUUGAAUUCUAUACCAAUGCGUUGCUUGAACUAAAGCUCAUAGAAACAUACAUGCACACACAGAUACUUCCUAACCUCAGACUUACUGAAACUACGAAGUUUGUGGCCAGCAUGGGAAGUUGGGUGAAUUUCUACAUGUUUAUAGGGAUAGCAUGAAAUUUGCAGAGACACUCACAUGCCAGAGAAUAAAAUGACUGCUGAGGUGUUUUUUAAAAUCCCCAGCUGUUAGUGAUACAUGUGUUGCAUAAAUAUUUCUGGAUGGGGAUUUCAGGCUGAAACAUUCACAGUCUGCGCCUUGCAGUCUGCUGGUUUUAGCUGGUUCCAAAAAGAAGAUCUCCCUUUGAGAAAUGCAGAGAUGUUAUUGUUGCACAGAUUGCUUCAGUAACAGUUGUGUGCUUGAUGUCAGGAGGUAAACCUUCAACUUCUAGAAAAAAGCACACCCUUAAAGAAAGACCAGUGCCUGUCUUCCUUUCCCCAUUGACUGGGGUGGGGAGGGUGAAGGUGUGUGCCGGGGGUGGGGUGGGGAAAACCAGUUGUGAGCUUAGCUGAGACUUGUACCAAUAAAACAGAAACCAAUGAAACAUGGCAAUCUACUUCUUUCUUGGCAAGGGUACAUUAAACAAACAACUGACAGCACAUACUUGCUUAUCGCCCCGCCCUUUCACCCCGGGAGCUAAGCCGUUGUUGUUAGGGGAGAAGUAUGGCGAAUCCAGCUUGGUGCAAUGGAGUUUAUUGUAGGCGAUAAUCAUUCUGAAAUAACACCCUCUCGAGGGUGUAGCAAAACCAGGGAGGCUCAUAAUUAAGAGGGAAAGAGGACUGGGCUGAGCACAAUCCUGAACUGUUCAGGUAAAUGGUAUACUUUUACAAGUCAGGCCAGUUUUGCUACAUAACUAGCAUAAUCCAGCUGUGGUCUGGGUUACUAGCACUUGACAAGCUGUCCGGCUGGUGUUUUCCGGUGUGUAACUGGACACCUUUGCAUGCGGUGCUGUUUACAGGGACUGUACCAGAGGCUGCAUUGCACAGUCUUUUUCUUACACCGAAACCAUCUCCAUUUAAGGGGGGGAAGUGCAAUCGACACAUAGGAGAGGCAUGCAGUCGGUGCUCUGCAAAGGUUGCCUCAGCAGAAGAGACACAUGUGCGUUCUACCUUUGUGGGCGGAGAUGGUCUCUGUGUGUAGGAAGAAGCAUCCUUUGAAAACAUGGAAUGGAUUGAGUCAAAAACAUCUUGGGUCAUAGGGUAUUUCAAGUAGAAUACGUUCACAAACAGAGGGAAUCUGAGCCUACCGAGUUGUGUGCUUUUGGACAAAAAGCAAACUCUGAACAGUGAAAAUAGACUUUGUUUACUGCCCAGGCACUAGCCUGUUUUUGUUUCAGCAGCAGAUGGACUCCUUGGGCAAUAGAAUAACCCAAGCAUUUUGACAUUGUUGCAACGUGUAUUAAUAGGCCCUAAUUGGAAUGCCUGUUUCUCCACCUAAACAUAUUCUAAAUGCCAGUGGCUGGUCCUAGAAGUUCAGCUAUAUUGAGUGGGCCGUGCUGGUGCCUCCUACACAUUUUGAGAUGAGAGAAUUCCGGACUGUACCAUUUCAGACUGCAUGCUGGGGACCGCUAUAGUUUUGGAUACAAUCGCUCUACAAAAGCUCUGUUGCAACUAGUAAAACUAGUGUUCUUGUUUUGAAGAUAUUAAGAAAUAUCUGUCUAUCUAUCAUCUAUCUAUAUCUAUCUAUCUAUCUAUCUAUCUAUCUAUCUAUCUAUCUAUCUAUCUAUCAUCUAUCUAUCUAUCUCUAUCAUCUAUCUAUCUAUCUCUUGGAAGAUGUUGUUGAUACCUAUUGUAUCAAAAAUUCAAUAAUCUGACCUGCAGCCUGAUGUGCAACAGUUCAGAACUGUACCAGCUCUUAAGAUGUAUAGGCUUGUACUUUAACAGGCAUCUGCCAGCUUGCCAGUUCUCCAGGGCAAGUGUCCUCUUGCAGACAACUGGUACCACACUGAUGCCUACCUCUUAGGUCUCAUUUCUACUGCAUUUUUCAAGCAGGUAAGAGACAGCAGCAGAGAGUCCCACUGUUUCUUACCUCUCUCCAUAUCCCACACAAAUCAAGAGAACAAGCCCUCUGUGCAUGCCGUAGGAUGCAAGGGAGGGUGUGGGUGAGUUCCACAAGUUAGUGGAUAGCAAAACCCUGGCAGCCCAGUGGUGGGUCUACCAGGAUACAGAGCAUGGGGGGCAGGGGCAGGGAAGAGAGACACUUUGGGAAGCACUGAAGGUGAAGAUGGUUUGCCACUGUGGGAGCAGGCUGUUUGGCUAGAUGGACCUUUGUUCUGAUCCAGCAAAGCUAUUUAUAUUCUUAUUAAAUCCAUCUGAGAUUCCAAAAUGAAACAGGACAUGUGACAUGGUUGUCCAGAUUGUCAAUUGGAAACAGCAGUUGGAUACAAAGAUGGGAUAAUUGUGUAAGAGUCGGUGAGCUCUAAACAUGGGUACAUAAAUUCUGCAGGGUUUGCUUCCCAGUAACUGUUUGGAGGUGCAUACUUUCUUUUCUUUCUUUUUUAAGGAAAAGAUGCACUGAUUGAAAAUGUUUGCAUCUGAUUUAGAGGGGACCUGAGUUUACUCCAGUGCUAGCUCUAUCAUCUAUCUAUCUAUCUAUCUAUCUAUCUAUCUAUCUAUCUAGCAUCUAUCUAGCAUCUAUCUAUCUAUCAUCUAUCUAUCUAUCUAUCUAUCUAUCUAUCAUCUAUCUAUCUAUCUAUAUCUAUCUAUCUAUCUAUAUCUAUCUAUCUAUCUAUCUAUCUAUCUAUCUAUCUAUCAUCUAUCUAUCUAUCUAUCCAUCCAUCUGUCUAUCUAUCUCUAUCGUCUGUCUAUGCUAAGAGAAAGUGACUUACCUAAGACCCCCCCCCCCCGUGUGCUUAAUGAAUGAAUAUGGAUUUGAAAUUAAGUAUUUCUGGUCCAAACCCAACACUCAUGCAUGUUGAAUGUAUGUUGUGUUUGGGGAAAGUUGAGGCUGAUUGUGGCAUUGGUGAUGCAACGGUUACUACAUAGCUGUGAAGUUUGGUGAAAUUAUUUACUGUGUGAGGAGCGGUCCCACAGUGGAGGACAACUCUGCCCUCACAGGGCUGACACAGGCAGUCUAGCGCACAAUGCUUGUAGCAAAAGAAUAAAAAAAGUAUGGGGAAUAGAUAACUAAACGAAAAACCACCAGACUAAGUUAUGCCUUGCAAUUUAAACUGGCUAAUGAAUAUGAAAGUAGUUUAAUGGUAAAUGCAUGUAAUUAGUGGGAGAACCUCCCUACUGAACUUAUUUCAGAAACUAGUGCCCUAUAUUUAUUGAAGCAAUGGAAGAGUCAAGUUACUUGGCUAAAAUCUGAGAGAAAACUGGAAGAAAUUAAGAACAGAAUAAUAAUAAUAAUAAUAAUUUUCUUAUUUAUACCCCUCCUAUCUGGCUGGGUUUCCCCAGCCACUUAAAAAGAGCACACAUACAAAUAAAAGCAUGUUGCUUCCACACAUUUGAAAUUGUUGUAUAUUCAUGGUCAAACAUUGAAUGAAGGCCUUUAGCGUACCUUUAAAGUGAAGAGGCAAGUAAUAAACCCAAGGAGGUGUAUAUUUAGCAAACAGCACAUUCCCUGCUGAAUGAGAUCAUGUCAUAAUAGGAUUUAUUACAUGUGUUUUUUGGAAACAGCAGCAACAAUGUAUUUGCAUCAUGUCCUCACUCUGGUAAGUUAUGACGAGGAGUUUAUCGUGAUUUAUAUCUUCGACCUGGUGCCUUCCAAACAUUUUGGACUCCAACUCCCAUCAGCCCCAGCCAGCAGAGCUCCCUGAUGGGAGAUGAAGUCCAACAUCUGGAGGACCACAGGAUCCCCAUAGGAGAGAAUGGCUGGCUUAAGACCAACUCAGGAAUUUGAACCCAGAUCUGCCUGGUGAGAGGCAGGCAUUUUAUUCCUUUAGGCUGAGAUAUUAAGAAUAACAGUAUCUUGCAUUUGAAGGAGCAGAUCUGAUCUUCUGCCGAGCCAUUCUUGGUUUGACCAAAAGCAGCUUAGUGAUUUACACUGUGGUGACAAGUGAUUUCCCUCCACCAAAGUGACUGUUUAUUGAAGUUUGGCUCAAAAGAAGCCCUGACUGUCAAUUGGACUCUUGCACUGAUUUUAGAGCAAGCAGUCUUUCCCUUUUUCACAUCCUGCAACAUGGGGCAGAUUCGAACAACUUCUAUCAUCCCUGUGCACUUGGUGCUGAUGGGAGCUAGGAAUCUACCAACAUCCCUGCUCUGUUCAUCUAUGAUCACCUGGGGUUUCUGAACAAAGCUCCCCAUGUUCCCUUUAGAUUGGUUUCAGCUGGCACUGAUGAGAUAGCAGCCCACAUUUUGGAAGUGCACGGAGGCUGCGUAAGACAAGUACCAAGUUCUUCUGGGCAAAGGUUACUUCAUAAAUCCAGCCUCCCACUUAAUAUUAACUGGCUGGCUAUAUAUAGCCGUGUAUCAGAAUGUGAUAGAGGGACUUUUAUGAGCACAGGUGAAGACUUGGUGGAAGGAGACUCCUUUGUUUGUUGUGGGAGGUAACUGCUAUAAAAGGGCACUUUAUGGUAAGCUUUGCUGGGUAAGGCGUAUAUAAUGUUUGCCUUGAGUCAGGACAGGAAAAAAGAAAAACCACCCCUUUUCUUAAAGUAUUGAAUAAAAACUAAAGCCCGUGCUUGCACACAACACAUUUAAAGCACAUCCCUCCCACCCCGUAACAGAAUACUGGGAGAUGUAGUUUACCCCUCACAGAACUAUUAUUCCCAGAAUCCUUAACAAACUAAAAUUCCCAGGAUUCUUUGGAGAGGGAAUGUGCUUUAAAUGACUGGUAUGUAUGUAAGCUCAGGGUUCCAGGCUGGCUCACAAUACUGUCUUUUCUUAGCGUUGCAAAACCUCAGAAUCACACCGGGAGCUAAAUAUCUUAUCUGGAUAUGGAAGCUUUCCACGUGGAGGGAGAUUUUGACAUGGAGACGUACUCUGUCACCCAUUCUCAUGUGCAUUCUGAGGUGACACAGCCACGUGGAGGUCUGUACUGCAUGGGAGUCUUCAUAGUUGAACUCUAAAAGCAUGUUUGAGGCAUAGAAGCCUUCCUGUUUUGAGCUCCGGAGGGAGACGGUUCCACUGUCAAACAGUUCUUACUGUCAGAAAGUUCAUCCUAGUGUUUAGCCGGAAGUGCCUUUCCUGCAACUUGAAGCCAUUGGUUUGAGUCCUACCCUCCCGAGUGGGAGAAAACAAGCCCUUGAGAUAUUUGAAGAUGGCCUUCAUAUCUCCCUCUCAGUCUCCUCUUUUCCAUGCCAAACCACCACUGAAAUGUGUCCUCCAAAAGGUUGUCUAGAAGACAUUCUGGCCCCCGAGCUGCAAAAGGUUCCCCACCUCUGCUGGAAAGGAUUUCAAUGGAAGCAAUUCCCACUGAGCUCAGCUGAACUUGCUUCUGAGUCAAACAUGGGUUGGAUUGCACUGUUUUGAGUUUGAUUUCCACCAGCAGCCCUGCUAGUAAAGAGGUCGGGGUGGAGCUUCCUUUGGGAAUGAAGUCAUUUGUUGUCUCCUGCGACCAGGUUCCAAAAUAUGAGCACCUUUCACUGUGUGCAAAGAGUUACGACUGGCAGGUAUCACUAGCACACAGCCCCUACAAAUAUCCAGCAAUUAAUGCAGCUUUGCGAUAAAAAGGAAGGUUAUUGAGUUAAGUGUCCUAGUUUGCUUAGUGACUGAUUGGGUUGCUUUUUAUUUAAAAAAUCGGCAUUAGUCAGGCAUGCUGUGUCAACUUCGUAUGAGUUUUAGGAACAGCUGGAUACACACUAAUAUUUCCCUGCAGCAGUCUCUGCAUCAGAACGCUUUUAUCCGAACAAGCUGUUCGUCUGAGAGUGGAAUUUAGACCAUGACUGCAUUUCCCUGGAGUAGCUGUGUUAAAGCAAGAAGCAACUUCAUUUGUGCAAUUACAGGGAGGGCGGUGGGUGGGAAGACAUUUGUGAAUUCAGAUAAGCUUAUCUGGUUGUGUCUGGCACUUAGACUUGCAUAGGAACUGCUUGGAAACAAAGGUUUUGGCAUCUACCAGCAGGGCUGCCAGAUGGCCAUUUUUUGAGAGGGUUGUCCAGAACUUCGUCGGACAGCUGUUUCUAACCUGCUGCCCUUCUACAACUCUGGCUGUCUCUGGCCAUUAGCCAUGACCGCUGGGAUUUGUGGACCAGCCACAUCUAGUGAACAUCUAGCUUGCUGCCAACUCACGCCUACUCUGUAGAAGUGGCACCACAUCUCAGAACUGCCCAUUUGUAAGAUGUACAUUUAACUAAAAAAGGUGAAGGGACCCCUGACCAUUAGGUCCACUCGUGACCGACUCUGGGGUUGCGGCACUCAUCUCGCUUUAUUGGCCGAGGGAGCCGGCGUACAGCUUCUGGGUCAUGUGGGCAGCAUGACUAAGCCGCUUCUGGCGAACCAGAGCAGCGCACAGAAACGCCAUUUACCUUCCCACCAGAGCGGUACCUAUUUAUCUACUUGCACUCUGACAUGCUUUUGAACUGCUAGGUUGGCAGGAGCAGGGAACGAACAAUGGGAGCUCACCCCAUCGCGGGGAUUCGAACCGCCAACCUUCUGAUCGGCAAGUCCUAGGCUCUGUGGUUUAACCCACAGCACCACCCGCGUCCCUCGUACAUUUAACUAGGGCUGAGCAAUACCUGGUUUUCAACAUUGUGAUAUAUAAUCAGCUGAACAUCGCAAUGUACCAAUAUAUCACAAUGUCUGAAAUAAGGAUGCAGCUAUGUAGAGGCAUCGGCGGGCUCCGCAGUUUUCCCGCUUUGUAUUUUUGCCAGUGAUUCACUGCCCCCAGAAGGAGACAGGGGGGGAGCUGAGCCGGCAGAGUUAAUGGGGGCUGCAGGAAUUGAGAGAUGCACUGGCUGGUUUCACAGUUUUUCCCACAUUAUGAUUUCUGCAUAGCCCCCACACAUCAUGAUUCACAAUAUAUUGCCAGGUCAAAAAUAAUGGAAUCGAUAUCACAAUAUGGACUUCGAACUUGGGUUUUAGAUGAUAUAUUUACAUAUCCCCCAGCCCUACAGGUAACAUAUUUUAUGUGGGUGAAAUGGAUGCCUUCAACUAUGUGUGCAAGAGGUAGAUUCACCAGAGUAUGUGGGAUACAUUUAUCAAUGACUGUCCUAGAAUGUAGCCAUGCAUUUGGUACCAUAGAACACACAGCGAAGCUUCUAGGUUCCCUUGGGGGCAGGGGUAGCUGUUGGUCUGGCUGGGUGUGUGUUUUUUUGGGGGAGGGUGUUGCUCUCCAAAUGGUUCUUAAUUUUAUCUUGAAGUUUCUUUAGCUCAGGGGUGGCUAACCUGUAGCCCUCUGCUUGUUGCUGCACUACAGCAUCCAACAGCAGAGGUAGCUUACUUGGUAGAACAUGAGACUCUUAAUCUCGGGGUCAUGGGUUCGAGUCCCGCAUUGGGCAAAAGAUUCCUGCAUUGCAGGGCGUUGGACUUGAUGACCCUUGGGGUCCCUUCCAACUCUACAAUUCUCUAAUUCUAUCCCAUGCUGGCUGGGGCUGAUGGAAUCCAUCAGCACCGUGAACGACAACAGUUUGGCGACCCUUGCUUUAGAUAUUUGUUACCAAAUAAUAAAAUAUACUUCUUCUUUAUUUAGAGGUGAAUGUACAAAGCUGUAUACAGGGUCCCUCUAGCCCAGUAUUGCCCUAUUGUGACUGGUGAUGGCCCUCUAGGGUCCAGGUUCUCUAGGGCCCUGCCUACUUCUGCUAAUUUUUAAAAAAUUAAACCGUAGAUGUUUGGGUUUGAACCUGAGGAAAAGCUGUGGUCUUUGGCUUGUCACCUGUGGUGAGCGAGAUUUGCUCUAGGGGAUCCAGGCUGUUUGUUUUCCUUUCACACCACAAAUGAAUAACAGAGGCAUGUGCAGGCAGGCAGGCUCAGUCAAUAUUUUUGUGGGCUUUAUUUGCAAGACUGCAGUACGUUAAAGCAUAUGCAAAAAAGAGAGCAGCGAAUAUGCAGUGACUUCACCCCUAUACAACCUAUAACCAGGAUACUCAGAAUUCAGCCUUAACAGAAAAUUGUUGCAGGCUCCCAAAAGAUGCCAAGAUGCAUCCUUUGGUGAGUCACCAAGGAAAGAGAGAUCCAGAGUACCUUAAAGGUAUUUUGGAGGAAAGGGAAUAAUCCUGGUUGAUUACCAUUUCCUAUGGGAUGGUGAUUUUCUUCUUCUCCCUUAGCAGUAUGAAACUGGACAGCCAACACACUGUGGUUGGAUUUGGCACCUGAGUUUCAAAUCUGCAUUCUCUUGAGGACUUCUGGCAUAGCUUGCCUCAGUUUCUCACUCUGUAAAAUGGUAAAUGCAAGGUAGCACAGAUGAGGAAAUAUGGUUCACCUCGGCCUGCCUUGUAUUUAAACACUUGCCUAGUGCAACAAGGCAUUGAAUGCAAGCGAGUGAGGGGGCUGGGGGUCCGUCCUCUGUGCCCUGUGUAGAAAUAAUGUGUCCUGCCAGAGAGGGAAGCCCCUCCUCCAUUUUGGAAGAACAUAGGAAACUGCCUUAUCAGUUUAUCAGAAUCAGACCAUUGGGUCUAUCUAGCUCAGUAUUGUCUACACUGAUUGGCAGCAGCUCUCCUGAGUGUCAGGCAGGGGUUUAUCCCAGGCCUACCUGGAGAUGCCAGGAAUUGAACCUGGGACCUUCUACAGGCAAGGAAGAUGCUCUGCCACUGAGCCAUGGCCCUUCCAUAAGCAGGACAGAGCUUCCUAUUCCUCCUGGUAGGUUGCUUUUUUUCUUUUUUGUAGGCUAGUAACUUUUGUGGGCUUAUUUACAAGGCUGCCUUAAGCCAUCAGCUUUCAGACUUUCUUCUUUCAGGAAACACUUUCCACAUCCAUUUGUCUGCUAAGGAUUUCUUCUGCAUCUGCUCUGUAUUGCAAUAGGUACUUGCAAAUAUUUGAAAGCUCACAUUCUGCACUACGUUGGCCAGCCCUGUUGGUUUGAAAGUGCACACCCAAUCUCACCUGAGACACCCUUGAAUUUACUGCAAAGAUCAGCAGUGGUGGGCAGCCCCUGAUCUUCUACAAUGGCCGAUAUUCUCAUUGUAAUAAAUAGAGAGGUCCCUGAACAGCUCCUAAAUAAUUAGGGGCAGCGUGUUAGUCUCUGGCAGCAAAACCAACAAAAUGUCUUGGGGCACCCUAAAAACGAAUACAUUUUAGUAUGGCAUAAACUUUUGUGGACUACUAGAGCAUCUGAUGAAAUAGAAGGCUGGUCCGCAAAAGCUCAUGCCAAGUGUUAAAGGUUAAGUUUCCACAAGACUUUUUGUUGUUUCAACUCCUAUGCAGGUAAGUGGUGAGCUCCUCAUUGGGUGCAAAUCCGAUGCCUGUGACUUUAAUUUUCACAAUCUAAUUUUGUUUGACUUUUGCCGCACUUUCUUGCUUCAUAUUAAACCAGCUUUCAUUUUGGGCUACAGCCCUCCAAAGCCGAAAGCAAAUUCUAAAGGCAGCAUUGGAAGCAAAGUCUCUCUGCCACCUAGUGGUUUGAACUGAAUGCGUCCAGUUGAAUUCAACCAGUAACACCUUCAGGUCAAAGAAACUACGCUCCAGUAGAGCUGAGGUGCUUCUUGGUGGGGGCUUAUUCUGUAAACAGGUCGUUGAGAAUUUGCAAAUGCAAUACUGGCACAGAUUUGCCAGUUAAAUGGGGUGAAAUUUGGGCUAGUAUUUUGAUGCCAACAAUGCUGUGUGGACGCCGAGGGGGAAAGAAAAAAACCCACCUUGCGUAUGCAAAGAGCACCAAUCCCACAAUGAAACAUUUGUCUGGAAGCAUCCUUGGUUCCAUAGAAUGAGAAGCAGAGCGAGUGAAAUCCUAGGGCGUAAGAUGUGAGCCUGCUACUUUCUUAGGAAGCUGCCUUAGACCAGCUAGCCCAGUGCUGUCUACACUGAUUGCCAGCAGUUCUACAGAGUUUAAAACAGGGAAAUACCAGGGAUUGAGCCUGGGACCUUUUUUUAGGCAAAGCAGAUGCCCAGCCAUGGAGCCACAUCCCUUCAGGUGGAUGUUUAAGAAAAGUUUGUGAUAGUGGGGAAUGGCUGCUUUUAUCUACAAGGUUAUGUACAAUAUGUGAUCUCCAUAUCGCCAAAAGUUCGAUAUAAUAGCCUUUUGUGGCAUUGCAGGAAGUGUAAGAUAAUUUACAGUGCAAUAAACAAAGGCUGUUAUUAAGUACUAUUAUUAAUCAGCUAUUACUCAUUAUUAGAAGACAGCGCUAACUAUUUUCUUUCAUUACUUAUUGCAGUCAGAUACUAGAAUCUGCUCUCAAUCACCACCACCAAAAUGUCCUUAACUCUCUGUCCCUUUUUAUUAAUUUUUGUACCCACCCGUUAGUCAACCGAAACUUUAGUUUAUUAAUCUGACAAAUGGAAGUUUGCAGCUCUGCCUAAUACCAUGCAGCAUUUAUAAAGCAUUUCUUGAGUGUUGAAAGCUUCAACUUUUCUGCAAAUCCCGCCUGUACGGUAGGGCAGUAUUCUUACCCCCACAUUGCAGAUUGGGGUGGGUGAGGAGCUGAGAGUGACUUCGUCUCUAUAGCAAGAGGUGAGAUUUGAACUGCAGACUUCGUGAUUUUGCAGCUCAGUUUCUUAGCUGCUAUGCUGUAGCAGCUCAUUCCUAAAUGAAAAGUGCAAUCGCGUAGGUCACAGGGGUGCCCAAACUUUUUUCAAAGAGAGCCAGAUUUGAUGAAGUGAACAUGCAUGAGGGCCAACCAAAGUUCUUCAGUUUUUUUUAGGAUUGAAAUUGUUCAGCUUUUUUAAGGGUUUCCCCUCCAGGGCAUAUACUGCCACAGGGGCCGGAUUAAAUCGACCGGUGGGCCGGAUUUGGCCCCUGAAACGGACUUUGGACAUGCCUGGCUUAGGGUGUAGCCCAAGCCCAAAGUUCAGCGCUUUCAGGUCUUGUUGACUUGAAUAAAAGCUUUCAGCACAUGCAUAAUUACCGUAUUUUUUGCUCUAUAAGACUCACUUUUUCCCUCCUAAAAAGUAAGGGGAAAUAUGUGUGCGUCUUAUGGAGCGAAUGCAGGCUGCGCAGCUAUCCCAGAAGCCAGAACAGCAAGAGGGAUCGCUGCUUUCGCUGCGCAGCGAUCCCUCUUGUUGUUCUGGCUUCUGAGAUUCAGAAUAUUUUUUUUCUUGUUUUCCUCCUCCAAAAACUAGGUGCGUCUUGUGGUCUGGUGCGUCUUAUAGAGCGAAAAAUACGGCACUUCACAGUUAAAGCCAAGCAGGACUUUACAAAGUGAUUAACUUUGGCUGGUUCAUGCGCGUAGGAAGAUAUUCAACAAAAAGGUUGUGCUUGCAUAUGGAUUAGCACAGGCACAAUGGGAUAUUCCCCCUUUCCUCCCCACCUUUGGGUUAUCCCCCAGAUCUGCUCCAAAGGGUUGGGGAAACCCCAGAACAGAUUGGGGGGGGCGCCCAGAGGGAGAACAUCACAUUGCACAAGGAUAAAUCCUUGCACUGCCUAAACAUUUUGCUUAGCUCUGUGUGAAGUACAGCCCAUAGUCUUUAAGACCUAUGAACACCUUUUAAGUAUCUGGCCAUCAUCCUAUGCCAUUGUUGUUCAACUUUAAACUAUCUGUCCAUUUGCAGCCAGGAUUUGUGUAAAACAUUAUAAAUAGGACAUGGGAAGAUGUCAGCUGCAUAAUUUGAUGCAGUUCAUCAUUUUAAGUAUUGUACAUUUCUUUCUUUUUUAUUAAAAGAAAAGGUUCAUUCCAGGCAAGCUGUCGUUAAAGCAGAAUAUCCUCCGACAAGCUUCUACAGGCAAAAUUUGGAGGGUAUAUACCUAUAAAAAUCCUGGAAUACUCAAGCCUUGGAAGAUACUAGCAAAAGUUACUUCUAACCUCAAAGAGCAAACAGUUCCAGGCUUGUCCCUGAAAGAGAAUUUGCCUGUGAGGUGGAAGUUUGGGUCCAAUUUUUUUUUGUUUUUGGAAACAUAUAUUUAUGAGGAGGCUGGCUGGAUUAGGGUGAUUGGCUGGAUCUCCCGAAAUGACUCAAGGCCACAUUCUGCAGCUCUUACGAACCCAGAACAGUUAAUAGCAGAGUUGGUUGUAGAAGGGAGAGAAAAAGAAGGCAGCUGAAAUAACAAAAACAAAACUGGGAAGAGGCUUAAUUGUGAGCUCUAAAUUAGGGAAGAGAGAUGAAACGCCAGGGAGUGCAGAGAGCAUCAGAAAUAAUUCACAAAAUAUUUGAUAUAAGAAUUUUAAGGUCUCAAAUAUAGAAUUAAUAUUCAUAAAUGCACACAUAUCUAAAUAUAUGAACCAUGUGUCUGAAAAAGUAAUGGAGAGCAAUCCUGAAGCCAUUUUGACUCUCCAAAUGACCUCAAAUAUUCCUCUGCAGUAAGGGAGGCAAAUGAGGGAAAGCCUUCCGAUUGUCUUUUUGCUUGCAAAUCCUGUCUUAAGGGUGUAUUUUUGUAUGAAUAGGGUGAGCCUGUGACCUGGAUUCAGGAACUAAAGUAUUAACCAUCACAAAAGAAUGGCCAGGCUGCCUAGGUAAUGCAAUCAGUGACCAUUAUCAGGUAUCCUGGCAGGCAGGAUUUCUGCUGUAGACCGCCUCCUUCUGUGAUGUAUGUAUGAUGUUUUAGGGGGGUGGUCUUGGGCUACAGGGUGGGCAAUUUCAAAAGUCUAUAUAAGGGCUUGCACACCAUUGUUCAGGAUUCUCUUCCCUCCUGCGUGCGAUAAGUGGGGACCCUGUUGCAACAUAAAGAUCAGGCUUACUAGCCACUUUGCUUCUCAAUAUACUCUGGUUGGCCUCUUACUUUCUCCUACUGAUAGGGAACCCACUUAAAGACUCUGUACAGUGGUACUUCGGGUUAAAAACUUAAUUCGUUUUGGAGGUCCGUUCUUAACCUGAAACUGUUCUUAACCUGAGGUACCACUUUAGGUAAUGGGGCCUCGCGCUGCCGCCACACAAUUUCUGUUCUCAUCCUGAAGCAAAGUUCUUAACCUGAGGUACUAUUUCUGGGUUAGCGGAGUCUGUAACCUGAAGCGUCUGUAACCUGAGGUACCACUGUACAGGCUCUGGAAUACCCCAUAAGGAAAAGGGAGCAGUUUUUCUUAUAACAUGUUUCAUUGGCCUGCUUAUAUGCCAGUAUUUUAGAUGGCACGGAAGGCGGGGCACAAAGUUCUUUUUCUCUCUGUACUGGAAAUCUCUCCCCCCCACCCUGGUUCUGAAAACAGCUCUCUUUUGACAUGACACAAACCUUCACUCUGCCCAUCACCCUGCCUGCUUAAUAUGCGGUUGCUAAGCCAGAUGUUAACUUUGAAAUGUCAGCUUGGCCCUCGCUCAUCAACUUUAUAUUUCUCUCCCUCCCUCCCUCCCCGCAAUCUCUCUUCAGGUGCGUGUCUUUGUGAACCAGUUGUACCAGCCGCCUUUGGUGAAGGACAUUCAGCAAAACCCUGACUUGCAAGCCAUCCGCAUCGCAUCGGUCAACCCCAUUCUGGACCCCUGGGUGUACAUCCUGCUUCGCAAGACGGUGCUGAGCAAAGCCAUCGAGAAGGUCAAGUGCCUUUUCUGUCGUAUCGGCGGAGGCCACCGGCAGCACUCGGGAAGCAACUUCAACUGUGCGGACGGCCGCCGGGCUUCCUCUGCCACGGCCACCCAUUCGCCCUCCUUCAUUUCCCGGGAGCUGAGGGAGGUCAGCAGCACCUCGCAGACGCUUCUGUACCCACUGGAGCCAAGUGAGGGGGCCGCUGGGGACCGGAUGCUGUUGCCAGGGGCCAGCAGCCGCCCGGCCCAGUCAGACACUACGUCCAUAAGGACACUGAGGAGCUCAAACACCUCGGAGUCGUCCCAGGGCCACGAGUCGGAGACGGUGUUUUUGGUGAACGAACUCAGGCCCGGCGCUGCUCAAAAGGGCAGUUCUCUUCAGGUCACCUUCCCCAGCGAGACGCUGAACUUGUCGGAGAAGUGUAUAUAAAGGAACGGAGGACAUUUGUGAGGUGCAGUAGGUCCUUUGGAAGAGGACCAGAAAGGAACUCUUACAGCGGACAUAGCAAAUGUCUGCUCUGCCCAUUGUGGUUAAGGCACAUCAGAGGCCGAACAAGGCCGCCUUGCUGAUCUAAUGGGACUGUGUAGCCGUUUAGGGCAAGGUGAGCUGUAAAUGGGCAUCUAGUAAGAGAGCUCCUUUGGGGUAUGAAAUGGCAAUGGGGUGGAAUUAAACAUCCUGGCUGCAAAAGAUGGUACGCCAUCUUUCCUGAAAAGCUGGGCGGUGGAGCUGUAACUUUGACCGGAUGUGCAUUUGAGUGUGAUAAGCACAGUUCUUGCAGGUGACUAAGGAUCACCCCACAAAUGCAUCAGACUCUGCCGAUGUAACAGGUGAAUGUAUGGCGGUGGCAGGUGUGGAGGCUGCUGCUUGUUGUCUUUCCUUGCCCUGUGACACAGGACUGUUUUGCAGAAAAUCCAGGGUUUGGAAAGAGUUGCUGAUUUUCCCCGUCCAGACAUGACCGAAGCAUACUUACCCCCUAUUCCUCUCCCCUCCCUUAUUACUUAAUAAGGUUUCGAGAGAACUGCAGUUCAAGCAGUGUAAACUGCUCCAGUCAAUGGUGGAAUUGAGAAUCUCUCCUGUGGCGUGAAAAAAAAAUGUGAAUUUCUCUGGCUGUGUAUAGCGUGACUGAAUGUAUUUAAAAAAUGCUGUAUUCUUCUCUGUGAGAAGGUUCGUUAUUAAUACAAAGUAUAUAAAAAGAAAUAUUGCCAGCCCUCUCUUCCUCCUUAUGCCUGCUGAUAGAUAGUUUUACGUUAAAUUUAUUUUUCAGAUAUGCAAACUCAGCAGGCCAUAGCAGAGCGAAUUCCUAAGGCAGGAGUGGAGGGAUUUGGAAUCAAACAAGGAAAAUGUUAUGAAACCACUGGGGGAAAUAAAGGAAAAGGCUUUUAUGUUUUUUAAAAUGUUCCUUGUAUUGUAUGUGUGCGUGUGUGUACUAAGAAAGAAAGCGAGCAAGAAAGCAGAGUUUAUGUGUUGUGAAUGUCUUCUCAAAAUGCAGCGGCUUCAAUGUAGGCCAACAAUCCAGUCCCCUAAAAUUUUUAUCCGAACUUUCGGCACAAUCCUACUCAGGUUUACUCAGAAGUAAGUCCUGCUGUAUUCAGCGGAGCUUAGUCUCAGGCAAACAGGAAGAAGCUUUUGCAGCCUUAAUUAUGAUAGUGGGAAUUCUUGCAAUCUGGAAAACGUUUCCCGGAUCAUGGCUCAAAACAUCCAUCUCUGGCCCCUGCCCGUUUUGCUCAACUUCAAACUUCUUUCCUCGAAAGCAGCUUCUGAGUGGAGCCCAAGCAAAUAUGUUUAGAGUUGUAAUCCUAGGACCAGCUCAUGCAGCUAGCUGCUCCUUUGCCGGAGGUUGCAGGGCUGUCAGUGGUCUAACAAGCAUUGUACAGUGGCAAGUAUUGUGGCAAGUGCUGCUUCCACAUGGGAUAUGUAUAUGCAGCUGCUGCUGUGUGUGUGCUUGUGGCAGCUUAAAAAAAAAAAAAGGCCACUGCCAUUGCAUAUAUUUUUGGGCUGCAGGUAUUUGGGGGCAGUAGAUCCUACCAUGGAAGUUCAUACAGCCGUGCCAUGAACACAUCAUCAGUUAGAGGUGACCAAGUGCAUGAAGAAAUGCAUAGCCUUGAAAAAAGCUGCUAAAAUAUUUUGACUUGUUAAAUGUUUUAUCAUUGUACAGUGCCCUUGGCUUACAGGAGUGUACUAUUGCCAGUUGCCUGCACAGAAUACCUUUUCGAUUGUCAAUAGACGGCCCCUUCCAAUUCUACUGUUCUAGUUACCAUUGCUUUCUGUAUUAUGGGUUGCCCCACUGUACGAGAUGUGGAGCAGCAAGGAAACACAGGACCGGGUGCCGUAUUGAGUCCAUGUGCAUGUUUUAGGAUUGAACGUAGAGAUGAUCAGUAUUCCACCAUGGGCAGCCUGGUGUGGGGGCUGCAUGCCAGAGGUGGGUGGGGUUGGGGGCAAAAAUAGUUGGAACAACAGAUGCAAGUCUUACCUUUGUUGUACAGUAGUUUUAUAUUCCACCCAUGGGAAUGUGAGGCUUCUGAUACCCACACACAUUUCUCCAUCUGGCAGGCAGGCAAGCAAACAAGCAAGCGAGAGGCAUCGUCCUAAUUCAAGGGCGUGUUCCUGACAAGCGAAGGGACUUGAGGAGGAUGUGAAGCAGGAUAGUGAGAAGUGUGGCCUGAGGAGUCCUGAGGACCAGACAAGGGAGGCUUGCAGGCCUGUGGUUCUCCAUCCCUGCUCAACACCACCCUCCCCCUGCUUGGGUGUGGGUCUAAAGCAGUCUUUCCCAAACUUGGGUCUCCAGAUGUUUUUGGACUACAAUUCCCACCAUCCCUAGGCAAAAGGACCAGAUGGGAAUUAUAGCCCCCAAACAGCUGGAGACCCAGGUUUGGGAAACACUGGUCUAAAGGUACAUGAGGCCACUACCUUGCAGAAGCUAAGCAGGUCUAGGUCUCCGUUUGGUUGGUGUCUGGAUGGGUGAGUGCCUGGGAACCACAGUCUACAGCCUUAGGGUCCAUGAUUGAAGAAGAAUGCAAGAAAAGAAGUUUCAGCUCAUCUGAAGUUAGACUGCUCAGUUUGGCCUUAUACACUCCACUUGUUACAUGGGAGAAAGUAAGUUUGCACUAAUACAUGGGGAAAAGAAGAGUGCCUCACAUUUAAAAACCAAUACACUGAUUUUUGGACCUCAACAAAAAAAGAGGAGACACAAAGUAAUGACCAGUAAAAUACUAGGGGGACUAUUAGCCUUAAGAUUUCACUUCACUAGAAAUAACAGGUAAAGCUAGAGGGGAUUUUAUGUCUGUGUGCCAUGUUCAAAGGGUUACACUUUGCCUCCUGGUGUUAUCCUGUACAGCUAGUUGGGAGGCCUGGUUUUCGUCAAGGAAAAUAUUAAGCAUGUUAUGUUGCUCAACAUGUUUUCAUGUGCAUUGCUUUCUGUUGAAAUUAGAAUUCUGAGCCUGAAUGUCAGCGAUAUGUUUUACAAAACUGUUUGUACUGGCACAAAAUCUCUUCUGGCAAUCACCAUUAAAUGCAGGCAUGCCACUGGAGUACAG